GGAUGGCCUGGAGGACCCGCUCGACGACACCGGCCUGGUGCAGCAGCAGCUGGACCAGCUCUCCACCAUCGGCCGCUGCGAGUACGAGAAGACGUGCGCGCUGCUCGUGCAGCUCUUCGACCAGUCGGCCCAGUCCUACCAGGAGCUGCUGCAGAGUGCCACCGCCAGCCCCAUGGACGUGGCCGUGCAGGAAGGGCGCCUGACGGCGCUCGUCUACAUCAUCGGGGCAGUGAUCGGCGGGAGGGUCUCGUUCGCCAGCACGGAUGAGCAGGACGCGAUGGAUGGCGAGCUGGUUUGUCGGGUGCUGCAGCUCAUGAACCUGACAGACUCUCGCCUGGCUCAGGCUGGCAAUGAGAAGUUGGAGCUUGCCAUGCUCAGCUUCUUCGAGCAGUUUCGAAAGAUCUACAUUGGAGAUCAGGUGCAGAAGUCUUCCAAGCUGUACCGGCGGCUCUCGGAGGUGCUCGGCCUGAACGACGAGACCAUGGUCCUGAGCGUCUUCAUCGGGAAAAUCAUCACGAACCUGAAGUACUGGGGUCGCUGUGAACCUAUCACUUCCAAGACUCUGCAGCUGCUCAACGACCUCUCCAUCGGAUACAGUAGUGUUAGAAAGCUGGUGAAACUCAGCGCUGUCCAGUUCAUGCUGAACAAUCACACGAGCGAGCACUUUUCCUUCCUGGGCAUUAACAAUCAGUCCAACCUGACUGACAUGAGAUGUCGGACUACUUUCUAUACUGCACUUGGGCGUCUUCUCAUGGUGGAUUUAGGGGAGGACGAAGAUCAGUACGAGCAGUUCAUGCUUCCCCUGACAGCUGCUUUUGAGACUGUAGCGCAGAUGUUCAGCACAAACACUUUCAAUGAACAAGAGGCAAAAAGAACAUUGGUGGGCUUGGUGAGAGACUUGAGGGGAAUAGCCUUCGCCUUCAAUGCCAAGACCAGCUUCAUGAUGCUCUUUGAAUGGAUCUACCCGUCCUACAUGCCAAUCCUGCAGCGGGCGAUCGAGCUGUGGUACCAUGACCCAGCCUGCACGACCCCUGUCCUCAAGCUGAUGGCCGAGCUGGUCCAUAACAGAUCCCAGCGGCUCCAGUUUGACGUGUCCUCGCCCAACGGCAUCCUGCUUUUCCGAGAAACGAGCAAAAUGAUCACGACUUACGGGAAUAGUAUCCUAACACUUGGGGAGGUCCCGAAGGAUCAAGUCUACGCCUUGAAGCUCAAGGGCAUCUCCAUCUGCUUCUCCAUGCUGAAGGCCGCGCUCAGCGGCAGCUACGUCAACUUCGGCGUCUUCCGCCUGUACGGGGACGACGCGCUGGACAACGCGCUGCAAACCUUCAUCAAGCUGCUGCUCUCCAUCCCUCACAGCGACCUCCUG